CACAUGGAGGAGCUGGGUGUGCUGCCAUGCGGCUCCGGCUGCGCAGGAGUGUCAGCUUCACCCCUGAGCACCCGGCCCUCCUGGAACUGCCCUGCCCUGCCGCCCUGAGAGCAGAAGCCAACGUGUUGGUGAUGGGAGCGGACAGCGUGGGGAAAUCAGCCCUGACUGUGCGUUUCCUCACUAGGCGCUUUAUUGGGGAGUACGGAGACAUGGAGUUCAUCUACAGCCACACACUGACCGUGGAUGGCCGAGAGGUUCUCUUCCACAUCUGGGAUGUCCCCAACUCACAGGACCAGGCUGACGAUGGCUCCUCGGAGGAGAAACGAGUCCAGUGGGCGGAUGGCUUUGUCCUGGUCUACAGCAUCUGUGACCGCGCCAGCUUCGACUUCUUGCCCCUCAAAGUGCAGUUCAUAAGGGCGGCCAAGGAGGGGCAGGGCCAGGUGCCCAUCGUCAUCGUGGGCAACAAGCGGGACCUGCAGCACCAGCGGGUGGUCUCCAGCGAGGAGGGGCGGCUCCUGGCCCUGUCUCUGGACUGUGGUUUCUAUGAGGUCUCUGCAGCUGAGGCCUAUCAUGGGGCUCUCAUGGUGUUCCAUGGACUGGCUGAGCGCAUCCCCGACACCAGGUUGGCACUGAAAAGAGGUGCUGGCAUCCGGGGCAUCGUCAAGACCGUGUCAGCAGUGUUUGCCCGUAAGCGGAUGGACUCGCUCUGAGCUGUGCCUUUACUCCUGUGUUGUGCAGCUGGAUGAGGCCUCCUGUGUUCUGUGCAGUUGGGUGCAUUCCAGGAGCAUGGCAGGUUCUCCAAACCCCAGGAUCUGGGACUCUGGCUGUAUAUGGCCAGUGAGGCAAGGGCCUUCCUCUGCUCAGCCCUCAGCUCUGUUGGCUGCACAAUCCCCAGCUCCUUCUGCAGGCUAACAGGGAGGACAUGCAGCUAUAUCCCACUCUGUGUCCUUGCUGUCACCCUGGCUGUGCCAGUAAUGAGCCUGGAGGACAGCAGGCAGAGUCCUUCACCCCUCCUUCUCAUCGCAUCUCAUCUUCUCCCACCCCAUCUCAUCCUAUGUGACUCCAAGCAGUGCUGUGCUGCUGACCUCCCUCUUGCAGCCUUUUGGUGACAGCCCAUGCUCAGCAUGGGAAAGUCAGGCGCUGGGCUUUUUCCCAGGAUGUGGGACUGCGCUGCGUGUCUCAUAAAUGCAGACCUCUGAGCCUGCUCCUCCCCAGGGAGGAAGGGAUGGGGGGAGGAGGGCAGGGAGGCCUUUCCCCUUCCCUGGGAAUGCAGUGUGUAGGAAGGAGGUUGUGUGUGUGCAGUGCAGACAGCGAUUUCUCUGUGCUGUUCUCCUGCAAAUGGAAUAAAUCUUUGGCAAGAA